UGGUUGUUGGUUGGGAACGACGACCAAGGCUGUUGUGCUAUGUUUCGAUUUUACUGUUUUAAAAGCUUGUGUAAUUAAGAAUUAUUCGAUACAGUGUUGAUUUUCAUGUUGUUCCUUGUUUCUUUUUGCCGUUAUGAAUCAAUACAUUAAAAUGUUGGAAUGUUGGAAAAUUGUAAGAACAGAGGUUGCAGUAGAGUUAUUUGUGUCUUCUUAUAUAAUUAUGCUUUAGUGCUUUAUAUUUAGAAUCAUUUAUUCACUCAAGCAUUGAGUACUUAAUGGAUCAAGGUCAAAAUAAUAUAUAGCAAAUUAAUUGUUGCGUGGUUAAAGCACCACCUAAACUCAAAGCAUUUUAGUUGGAGGAUGCUGCUAUCUGGAGCGGUGGCAGUGUGCCAACAUGCACGACGUGUGGUUCAGCUACUGAAACUAUAUAUGUCAUGUGCUUUUCACCUGUGAAAAAAGCCAAGCCAGGCAUGGGAAUUAUCCAAUGUACCGGUGUGGCUUCAUCACAUUCUUUUCGAUCGAAGCUCAAGCUCAUUGACCUUCUGAUCUGGGGGCUUUCUUUGUUUUGGUGAUGCCUCAGUAGGAAGCUCAUUCACAAUGCCUACUGGCUUGUGGUUUCAUUUAAUUUCUCUGUUCUUUUUUACAGGCUCAUGCUUUCACCUCAUUCUCAAGAAACUUACAUUCUCAAGAGGCACCGAGAAGCUUCACGCUAAGGUAAAAUACAUAACCUCUUAAUAGAUUGUUACAAAAGUUAUAGAAAGAUUGAAUCUUUGGUUCUGUUAUGGACAUGGUGAUGAUUAAGGUAGGUAGGUAUAAGAGCCCUGAUGAACAUCCUUUCUUCCCUGACGAUUUGCCAGAGCCUAUGUUGCCUCCUCUCCAGUACCCUAAGGUUUUGCAUUGUGCUGCUGAUUCGAUCAACAUAAACAAUAAGAUAUGGAACAUGUACUUCAGAGACCUUGUGCCAAGACUAGUGAAGAAAGGUGAUGAUGGUAACUACGGAUCAACAGCUGUCUGUGAUGCUAUCUGCCUUCAGUCUCUUUCAAAGAGGAUCCAUUACGGUAAAUUUGUUGCUGAGGCCAAGUUCCAAGCAUCACCUGAGGCAUACGAUCUGCCAUCAAAGCACAAGUACUGUCCACUUCUCAAAGUUUAAGGAGAUUAUAUAUGUGUGUCUUUGUUUGCAUUUCUUACCUUUAAAUUUGCAAUGGGUUGCUGGAUAAGGAUGCGUUGAUGGAUAUGCUUACAUUUUUGACUGUGGAGGAGGCGAUAAAGAAGAGGGUUGAGAUCAAGACUAGAGCAUACGGGCAAGAAGUGAAAGUGGGGAUGGAGGAGAAGGAAGAAGAAGAGUCUCAAGUUUACAAAAUCAGCCCGGUCUUGGUGGGGCAUUUGUAUGGAGAUUGGAUCAUGCCAUUGACAAAAGAAGUUCUUUUUUUUUUUUUUUGAUCAAAUACAAAAGAAGUUCAAUUGGAGUAUUUUCUUAGAAGACUAGACUGAAAAAAAAAGAAUGGCUUUGGUAGUAUAGGGUGGUAAUGUUUUUUUUUGUUUUUAACUCACUAGUGUUCCAUGUUUGUUUCUACUUUAGAAAGAAAAUUGCCAGUGGUCUGUUUAUGUACACUGGACACAUUACAUUCUCCCAUUUGUGUAAUCAGAGCGAUGACUAUUGUCUAUUUGGUGAUAAUGAUGGUUGGAUAUAUAUUUAAUUUAAACGUAAAUAAAUGAACAAUGAUACAUGUAAAAUGUCAUGAAGCCUUUUAUUGUUAGUUGUUACUAGUAGAUAGGCAUAUGAAGCUUCUUGGGUUCCAUCUACUCGUUUAACCCCUUAUUAAGUCUUUGUUUACGUGAGCAAGUAGUCUUUGAGUAAGUAGUGCUCUUUAGUUGAGCUCCAACCCGUUUUUUUUUUCCCCAAAACUAUAUAAUUCUGAUGAUUAUGGGUUUUCAUUAUCUUAUGUGAGUAAGUACAUUUUAAGUGAAGUUAUGAGGAAUGUUAUCAUAGAAUUGAAUUCUCUGGAGGUCAUAAGUUUGUAGUCUUCUUGUGCUAUCAUAAUUGAUAAUGUCAGUAAGCGACAUUUAACCAAAUAAUCACAAAAGACUUUUGUGAACGGCAAACCGGUAAAACGAGCAAAGCAAAGAAAACUUAAGAUCUUGUUCAUUAUAUAUAAAUUGAAACCAAAACGAACUUUUCUUGUUUUCACCAAUGAAAAAAUAGACUUAUCAUUCUAAAAUCUAUCAAGUUGUAAAGAUAAUUUGAUACCUAGUUCGUCAGAGUUGGUACGCAAUCAAUAUAUAAUAGCAACCCCAUUUUAUCUAACGAUGAUGUCAACAUUUUCUUAUAGGAAAAUAAAAACUAAGUCUAACCGUGAAGUUUAUUCUUAAUCUUCAGAUUUUAUUUAAGAUCGAUAACAUAGUUUCACUAAACAAAAGAUGUGUUCAAUAGUUAUAUCUUUUCAAAAACUUAGGCAUUGAACCCUUUCAUUGAAUCUUCUCAUAAUAGAAAAGUUGUAUAUUCAAAAGUUUAACCAUUAAACUCUCUCAUAAUACAAAGUUUACAAACCUUUUAGAAAUUCAUUCAUUUAAGCAUGUUUAUUUAUUGAAAAGUUGUAUCUUUUCAAUAAAUUAAUCACUGAACCUUUUCACUGAACCAUUUAUAACUAAAAAGUUUAUAUUUUUAGAAGAUUAACUAUUGAACCUUUAACAAAUUUAUCUAACAAUCACUUAAAAACUUUUUUUUUACUUGGCACCUUUUGGCAUCCUAAAUUGUGACAUUUCCCAAACAAUUUAUCUAACAAUUGUUUCUAUAAUCUAGAAUUUAGUAUGCAACCUUUUUUAACAACUGUUUUAUUUAAAUAAAACAUAAAGUUACAAUAAAAGUAUCUAUAUAUAAUAGAAAUACAACAUAAUGCAAAGUUAAAAUUAGAAAACAUUACAACUCAAAUUUAAGUUCUUCUGAACCAUCUAGCUUGAUAACUGAAUGCCAAUUUUGUUACUCUUAUAGUAUUUUUUCUUAGGGUGACCAUUAAGUUACUCACAACUCAACUUUAAUUAAUUUCCAAGUUUUUUCUUAGCAUUGAGAUAAAAGUAAGGAAAACAUGUGGAAAGAAGAUAAUUUAAGCGAAUAUAUGUACAACUGAUGAUUUGAUGAAAAGAAAUGAUCUACACAUAUGUUUCUUGUGAGUUGUGAAAAAAAUAUAUAAAAUGUAACGUAAACAGAAUCAUCGGGAAUAUUUUCUUUCAAUAUUAUAUGAGAUUCUGAAAGAUUAUCUUGCUGUCGAUCGGUAUGGCUAGAAGAAAAUUUAGAAAAUAAUUAAAAUCACUUGCAAGAGCAUCAAUCCAGAUAAGCAAUAAUCUUAGUCAAAGCUUGAAUACCGAGUAAAAAAUAUCUAUUUUACUUUGAAUGUGCAAACUCCCACCGACUAUACGUCUCCGAUUCUAUAAAUUGGACUCAAACUUUUAAAGACGAGCAUGUCAAAAUUCACAACGUAACACUGCAAAGCUAAAAGGAGAGGCAAAAUGUCGUUUAUAUGUUCUGGUAAAUACUUUUUGUUAUAUGUUGAUGUUUCAGUUACAACGUUCAAAAAAUUUCAUUUACCGAGAUACGACCUGAGAAACAUGGUUUGGGGGGGCAUAUUGUUUUAAUUAAUUCCAUGGAAAUCUUGUGAUGGACAUUGAUCUCUAAAAUGUCAAAUGUAAAUUACUAACCAAUCUAUCUACUGUGGUCGCUUUGAGUGCGUGCAGGGAAGACCUCAUGGCCGGAGCUUAUGGGAACAAAGGGAGACUAUGCGGCUUCUGUGAUCGAACGUGAGAACCCGGAAGUCACAGCAGCCGUGAUUGUAGUUCAAACUCCGGUGCCUUUUGAGUAUAACAUCAGUCAUCAGGUGCAACCGGGUCUGGGUCUGGGUUGAUAAAAAAGUUGAUGGUACCGUCGUUGUAGUCCCUAUCGUCGGUUAGACUUGUAUACGGACCACGCUGUGUUACUAUGUCAAUUUAAUAUGAAUAAAAUAAAAGAACUAUGUACAAUGCAUAGUUGAUUGUUGGUUGGUUAUGAUGUAGUUUUCUCGUUUGCGUGGACAAUUUCUGUUUUCGUUACCCGAACGGUUACUGAUGUCUAAAGUUAUAAAUAAAUAUUUGUAUAACCUAAUGGUUGCAAUUGAAUAAAAUUCAUAUCCUACUUAUUAGUUAUUACUGUUGUGGAAUCCAAGAGAUAAGUUGUUGUAUAUUUGGAAAGGUCGUUCAGUUACUGUCUGAAGCAGACACUGUUGCUUGAAAAGAAUCACAAAGUUCAAGUAGUACAGGUAUACAAUAUUCCUACAAAAGUAAACUGAAACUUUCCCUUAUUAUAUCAGUUAUGUGGAUGAGAUGUGCUAUGACCUCAUACGGUUUAGAUAUCAAUCAGUAUCGACAUCCAAUGUAAAAAGGUUACUAAAAAUGUGCACUGGGUGGGUGAAACAUAAUGCUAAAAACAGAGAGACUCGUACGUACAAAUGACAAUAAAGGUUUGGCUGUCUCAUCAACUUAUAUUUGUUAGACGAAGUCUAAGUUUCUUCUAUGUUAAUCAAUCACUGUCUGUAACUAUCCUUGAAAUGAGUCUACAACUACUUCUGAUCUCAUUGACUAAGAUUUUUUUUUUUUUUUUUUGAUCAAAUGACUAAGAUUUUCAUAUCAUGAAGAAUGUGGGGAAUGUUUAUUGCCACAACUUUCAAGCUAGACUUGUGAAAAGCUUCUUGGGUUCCAUCUAUUUAUAUUCCUUUAUUUCUUUUUUAAGUUUUGUUAGGUAAAUUUUUUUUUCCACUACAUUAAACAUGACUGGCCACUUGAAUAUGAACGACCAACCGGUACAACGAGCAAGCAAGAAAAUGAAAAGUAUCUUUCUAUAAUGUAAAAUUGAAACAAAGUUCACCAAAACAGACUUAAUAAUGGUUUUCCCAGUUGAAAAAAAGGAGAUCAAUUGAAAUGCUAUUGAUCACUUGUAAAUGAAUAUUCUGAGCUAGCUGAUAAAACGAACCUACAAGCCUUUUGUUUUCUGGAAGAUUUAGAACAAAGGGUGUGCAGACAAAGAUUUUUUUUUACCAUUGUAGUUGAACUUUAAAUGAAAAUGUAGCAAAGCAGAAACUUGAGAGACUCGAUCUUGAAACACAAAAAUUGAAAAAAAAACAACAAAACAAAAUCUUUCCAGAGAUGGAAAUGUAGAGCAAGAACGACUCUGCUUCAACAGCCUAAAGAUAAGGAAACAGCAAAGCAGAGACAAAAGGCCCUAU